CUUAACGGUGGUAUUUUUCUUUCAUUUUUGAACAUAAACAGUUCGUAAAAGCUGAAAAUUUGAGCACUAGACUGCCUAAAAAGCAAGAAAAGAAAAACCCCAGAAGAGAGAGAAGAACAUAAAAGAACAUUGAAGACAGGCACUGAGUUAACCAGUAAACAUGGUGGAAUUGAAGCUAAAGCAAAAGCAAUAGUAACUAUUUCAGAAUAAAAAACAAGCCCCUCUUCUUCUUCUUCUUCUUCUUCUUUUUUUUUUUUUUUUUUUUUGUUUUUUCUAAAGAAGAAAAAGAAUCUCUUUGGUUUGCACAAACCACUGAGUUGAAGAAGAUUAAUGAACAUAACUCUCAUCAUGUUCGAUUGAACUUUGCUUCGGAUAACAAGAAAGCCAGAGAGAAUGGCUUGAUGAUUCACAUUUUCAAGAUUUUGGGUCAAAAUUUCCUUCUGGGUUGAAUCCAACCAUGGAAACUCCCUCAGCUUCAGAUUCAAGACGCUCUUAUUCAUGGUGGUGGGAUAGCCACAUUAGCCCAAAGACUUCUAAAUGGCUUCAAGAGAGUCUUUCAGAUAUGGAUGAGAAAAUCAAGCAGAUGAUCAAGGUUAUUGAAGAAGAUGCAGAUUCCUUUGCAAAGAGGGCUGAGAUGUAUUACAAGAAGCGUCCAGAGCUUAUGAAACUGGUGGAAGAGUUUUAUCGAGCGUACCGUGCGUUGGCUGAAAGAUACGAUCAUGCAACCGUGGUGAUUCACCAGGCUCAUCGAACAAUGGCGGAAGCUUUUCCUAAUCAUAUAUCCAUUGGCAAUCUCGAUGAUGGUUCUGUUGGUUCUGCUUCUGAUGUCAAUUUUCGUACACCUGAGAAAUUGUCCCAUGUUUGCACCUCAAUCGAUUUUGACGCCAUGGAACGAGAUGCUUUCGAGUCACCUACAUUUCAUGCUGGCACUGGGGAUAAAAACCAAGCUUCCAGCAAAGGCUCCAAUUUGAUGACAAGGGAGAAAUGGUUGAAGCAUCUCAAUGAGUUGUUUAAUUCAGGGGCAACUAAGAGCCUUUCAAAUUCUGAAGAUCGGAAGUCGAGAAAAGGUCUCAAUUUUCACGAUCUCGAUCUGAAGGAAAAGAAAAUACAAAGUAACGAGAGCCAUGAUCUUAAGAAUCAAGUAUAUGUUGAGUCUGAAAGGGUGGACAGAGCUGAGACUGAAAUUAUAUCCUUAAAGAAUUCCCUUGCUAAAUUAGAAGCUGAAAAGGAAGUAGGUUUGGUUCAAUAUAACAGCAGUUUACAGCGGUUGUCUAAAUUAGAGUCCGAAGUCUCUCGAACGCAAGAAGAUUCGAGGGGUUUAAAUGAAAGAGCUGGUAAGGCAGAGACUGAGGUUCUGAUAUUGAAAGAGUCUCUUGCAAAGCUAGAGACUGAAAGAGAAACAAGUCUUUUAAGAUACCAGCAAUGUUUAGAUAAGUUAUCUACUUUACAAGACAGCAUCUUGUGCGUUCAAAAGAACGUUGAAAAUACCGAGAGAGCAAGUAAAGCUGAAACUGAAGUUGAAAGACUAAAAUGGGAAAUUUCAAGAGUUGAAUCUCAAAGAGAAGCUGCUCUUCUCCAAUACAGAGAAUCUUCUGAUAUAAUUGUGAACUUAGAGGAAAGAGUAGUUCAUGCAGAAGAGGAUGCUAGAAGGUACAAGGUGCAAUCUGAUGAAGCUCAGAUUGAAGUUCUAACUAUUAGGGAAGCGCUUGCACAAUUGGUGAAAGAAACAAAAGCUGCUGGUCUCAAACAUCAUUUAUGUACAGAGAAGAUUGCUGGUCUGGAACAUCAAAUCUCUAAUGCACAGGAGGAGCUAGAAAGGCUACAAGAUGAAAAGGAUAAUGGGUUUGCAAAGUUGAAGGGUGCUGAAGAAAGGUGCCUUCAUUUACAAAGGUCAAAUCAAAUUCUUCAAUCUGAGAUGGAGUCUAUGGUGCAGAAGAUUGGUUCACAAAGUGUAGAAUUAAUUGAGAAGCAGAAAGAGUUAGGAAGGCUUUGGACUUCCAUGCAGGAUGAACGUUUGCGAUAUGUAGAGAACAAUACUGCUUUCAGAACAUUGCAAGAACUGCAUUCAAAAUCUCAGGAAGAAAUCAGAUUAAUGGCUGAAGAUAGACAAAUUCAGAUAAAGACUUUGAAGGAGAUGGAAACUCGAAAUCAAGUGCUAGAGGAUGAAGUUCAGAAGAUUGAGGAGGAGAAAAAGAGCUUGAAGGAUCUUAACUUGUCUUCAAAGGUGUCGAUAAAUUGUUUGCGGGAUGAGAUGUCAAACAUGACUACAAAUUUGGAAAAACUUGAAGCAAACCUUGAGUUUCAACUCAACCAAAAGAAUGCUCUUGAGAAAGAGAUUUUAUGUCUAAAAGAUGAGCUUAGCGAUCUGAAACAGAAGAAUUUGAUUAUGUUGGAGCAGAUUGAGUUUGUUGGCUUUGCUCCCGAGAACUUUGGAUCAUCUGUGAAAGAACUACGUGAUGAGAAUUCAAAGAUGAUAGAGACAAUUGAAGUGGAGAAGAGAGAAAAAUCAGCUCUCUUGGAGAAAUUGAAAGACAUGGAAGAACACAGUGAGAAAAAUACUCUUCUAGAGAAUGCUAUGUCAGAUUUACACAUUGAAUUAGAAAGCGAACAGACGAAAGUAAAGGUAUUGGAAGAAUGCUGUCAACUUCUUUCAGAAGAGAAAUCCACUCUUGUGACUGAGAGGGCCUUCUUGUCUUCUCAAUUGCAAAUGGCAACUGAAAACUUAGAGAGACAGACAGAGAAAAACACCCUUCUAGAGAGUUCACUUUCUGAUGCAAACUUGGAACGAAAACAACUUGCUGAAAAUGUGGAAAAGCUUCACUGUUUGAACAAUGAUCUUGAAGAGAAAGUAAGAUUGUUGGAAGGCAAUCUGGAAGAUGUGCAAUUGAAAAACUUGCAUCUCAGGAAGUCAUUAGAGAGGUCGGAGCAAGAGCUUUUGGAAGCAGAACAGAUUCUGAUCAUGAUGCAGAAUGAGAAGUCAGAAUUGCAUAAGAGGGUGAAAGAACUUACCAUUGUGUGUGACGAGGCUAAAGCGAUUGUCGAAGAGAAAGAGAGUGUAAUUGUGAAGCUUUCUGGUGAUAGCAAACAUCUAGUCAGAGAGAUAGCAUCCCAGCGGGAGCGAAACUGUACUUUGAAAGAGGAACUUGGAAAAGUUCAAGAAGAUAUUAAGCGGCAUAAACAUAGGGAGAAAAGUUUGAGGUGUGAGCUAGUGAAGAAGAGAAUGGAGGUUGAGAGAUGUGAGACUCAGGCUGAUGAACUAUUUGGUGAGCUCCAAAUCUCUAAUGUUCAUGAAAUAGUAUUCAAGCAAAAGCUUCUUGAGCUUGAUCAAGUGUAUGUGGACCUCGAAAAUAGAAGUAAUUACAGAGAUGUGAAGACUGAUACUACGAGAGAGAGAAUUAAUAACAUAACCGAUCUAAAUGGAGAACUAGGAGUCCAUUUGGCCAAAUAUACAUCAGCGGUCACAUCUUUGAACGAUUCUGUAUCCUAUCUGGAGAAUCAUACUCUUCUGAGCAGAAAAACACGUAAAUAUGAGAAACAAGAGGACACUCAUUCAGUAAAUCAUCAGUAUUCUGAAGGCUAUCAGCAAAGAUAUCACGAUCUGAUUUCAACACUGCACAAUGGAUCAUUUGAAUUGAAGGAUUUGCAUAGGAGGAUUCAAGCUGUGGAAAUGGCUGUAAUAGAAAAGGUGAAACUUGAAACUCUAGAAAACUUGAACUCUGCUGGGAAACAAGAGAUGGUGACAAGAAGAGUCGAGGAAGUGGCUUGUGGAAAUAGUUUGGUCAGAGAAAAUGACCAAACAAGGCCUACAACUCCAAGAAGAGAGAUUGAACUUGGAAAUGAAUUGCAGAGAUCAAAGACAAAAGUCUUUGAAGUUAGUGGUGAAGUAUUGACAAAGGACAUCAUUCUUGAUCAAAUGGCCAAAUGCUCUAAUGGGGUUGACAAGAGAGAAGAGAAUCUGGAUGCUUACAAUCAAAUGCUGGAAUUAUGGGAGGCAACUGAUGAGGAUGGGAGCAUUGAUCUCAUGGUUUGCAAAUCUCAGAACAUGGCCACUUCCUCAACUAACUGUAACAGAUUUGAAGUAGUAAAGGAGCAGAAUAAACGUCGCUCUACCGACUCAUUAUUUGAGAAAGAGGUGGGAGUGGACAUAUUAGAGACCUCAAGUAGAUUGUCAGUGCCUCUCCACAGACGAAAAGAGAGGAAGCUUCUUGAAAGGCUUGAUUCUGAUAUGCAGAAAUUGACGAACCUUCAAAUAACUGUUCAAGAUUUAACACGGAUUGUGCUUACAAAGCAGAGUAGAAGGAAUAAUACAGGAGAAUAUGACACCAUGAAAGAGCAACUUGAAGAAGUCGAGGCUGCUGUUAUGAAGCUGUUUAAUGCCAAUUGCAAAUUGAUGAAGAAUGUACAAGAUGGCACCCUAUCUUCCGAUGGAGCGUCCACCAUUGUAUCUGAUGAAGGUGGAAAUGUCCGCAAAAGAAUAAUAUCAGCACAAGCAAGAAGAGGCUCCAAAAAAAUUGGGCAGCUGCAACUCGAAGUGCAGAGAUUACAGUUUCUUCUACUGAAACAAGAUGAAGAAAAAGAAACGAAGACGAAAACGAAGACGAUCGAACGACCUAAAAUUCGACUGCAGGAUUAUCUUUAUGGUAGCAUUAGAAGCAAGAAUAAGAACAAGAAAGCUGCAUUCUGUGGAUGCAUGCAUGCCACAAUGUCUCCAAGUCCAACAAUAGGUGAAUGGAACUAUUCAACUUCAUUGGUAGGUAAUCAGCAUAGAUUACGUAACUGAAACUGGUAAUUUUCUAGACAAAUUCCUUCAAUCUGAGUUUCAUACUCACAUAUUUACUUCUCUUUUCAUACACUAGAUCUACUUUUUCUUUCUUUUUCUGUAGCUUUCAGAAUAUCCUGUACAUUUCAACUACCAUCUAAAUUAGAGGAAGCUAUUCUAACAUGGGAUUUGCUUCCAGUUCAUCACUUCCAUCUAGAAUGUCAUUACAUUGAUAUUCUAUAUAUUUUUGUUAUUGCUAUCAAUAAGAUGAUUAGUUAACCUUUCCAAUUA